AUGCCAUCAGUAGAUACAAACGAAGGAUCUUCGCCAAUCAUCUCCGAGAUGAUGCCUUCCGUUGAAGACGAUGGCGUCGUUGUUGGAGAACUUUCCAAUUCAGCAACCGCACCGCAACGGAAAUCAAAAAGGCGUGAAGGAAGGAGCAAACAUUCCGAACGCAAAUCAAAAUACGGCUCAAAGUCUCGUUCCAAAUCUCCUGACGACGAUCUAGUACUGAGCGAACGCUCCGAUCGUCAUAGAUCUCCUCACUCCUCGGACCACCAUCGAUCUAAUCGCAGUAGAUCGUCUAAAACUUCUGUUGAUGCAAAUUCCAAACAGCAGAAAUCAAAAGAGAAAGCUGAAAUGCAAAAAGCUUCUCAUCCUGGGGCUCAGUAUGUUUCAAGCUCUGAUCGCCGGGCCGAUAGAAAAGCAGCGAUGGGAACUCCCGGGGCUGAAAGAAUUUCAAACUCUGAUGGGGAUGAUGGCGCAAGAAAAUCAUCCAAGUAUCGCAGCAAGACGAGACCGACGGAGCCGUCAGCGAGACCUGGGGCUACGAAUGUGUCGAGCUCUGAUCGUGAUGAUGGUACAAGAAAGUCAUCCAAGUAUAGCAAGACGAGGCAGAAGGGGGCGUCAGCGAAUCCUGGGGCUACUCGUGUGACGAGCUCUGUUCAGGAUGGCGGCGCAAGAAAAACAUCCAAGUUUAGUAGGACGAGACAUCAGGAACCGUCAGGGAAUCCUGGGGCUCAGAGAUUGAAGAGAGCUGACAGGGAUAGCACAAAAUUGAAAGCAUCACUUGAUACCAAGCCAACCAAGGUCGAGGACGACAUCCCUCUUCCUUCUUUGCAUCCUGGGGCUACAGGCCGCGUGGAUGAAUUGGCGGAAGCAGUCGAGGCCACGACUACGCCUGAUAUGACGGCGGAGAUCGAAGCUGCUCGUCAACAGGGAAGAGAAGAAGAACGAAUUGCAAGGCGAGAAGAGGACGACCAGAAGAUUGUUGUAGCUACUCCUGCACCAAAAAACAACAAGCGCCGGAAGUAUGUUGCUGCUUUGUUCCUCUUUGCGGUUGCUACAGGAGUAAUAACCUGGCUGUUGGUAAAAAAAGAUGAUACGAGCAUUCAAAAUAGAGUCAUCUUUGAUCCACCUACAUUGGACGAUUGUCUUGCCAUCUCCUUGGGACUAGAGACUGUCCGCCAAAAUGGAACUACAUCCAAAUUGUUUGGAGUCGAGAUGGACGUAACAGUCGCUUCUGGCAUUGUAAUGGAAUUGCUUCAAGCCGAGCUUCGACUGAGAAUACAGAGAAAGGUUCUACCACUGCUUGCUGGGUGUGACACCGAAGGCUCCAUUUCGAUUGAAAAUAACAUUUUCAUUGUGGAGAACGCUGUACUGAACGAGACCUCCGUUGACGACCCUAUAUCCUGCAGCUCCGACUCAAUCGGGCUUUGUUCCUUUGUCUAUCUGGGGCUUAAUAUCUUUGCGAAGGACGAAGCUGUGUCGAGCGACGUACUGGUAGACCUCAUCAAGGAUGUAUUUCAAGACAAAGGACUAUUGGAACUCUUGGAGCUGCUUUCACCUGUGGAAAAUAUUGACUUCAUCAAGGCAUAUGAAAUCCUUCCAUCGUAUGCUCCGAGUUCAAGUCCAUCCAUCCAAGACAAUGACAGUGGUUCGCCCUCCCGAGAAACCUGCGCCGCAAUUGGCAAUGGUACUGCUGUCUCCGGACGCGAAGACCUAGUUCAAGAGUACGAAAUCAUCAUGGACGUCACUUUUGAUUCAGAGACUAAAGAAGAAUCGCUGCUUGCCACAGAAAUGGAAGAAAAGAUUCAACGGAUCUUGAUGCCCUUAUUAGCCGGCUGUACUGACAAAGUAAACAACGAAAAUAGGAACAAAGGCAUUGUCAAUGCGUUGGCUGAUGUUGAGGCUGUGACGACUGACGAAUGUUUGCCUGCUGCUGAAAGGCCAUGCUCUCGCUAUGUUGCUGAUCUUGACCUCUACUUGAAUGACAUGGCAUCGCCGACUCACUUGAUAGAAUCUAUCAACACUGACCUUCGGGCUCUGCCGUUGCUUGAGAAGUUGGAUUUGUUGCCACCCUUUAAACAAAUCGACAUUGUGAACAUUUUGCAAAAGGAGACAAUGUCGGCAAGUCCAUCCCCAUCUGUCGGACCCCUCACUACCGCUGAGCCAACCAGUUCGCCAACGAUACGGCAGACUUCUGUUCCAACGCGCCUUCUUACGACUCUGCCGGCUCCUGUUCCAACAUUUCAACCUGUUGAUGGUCAUCCCACUUUGCAAUUAACGCCACUUCCAACGUUUGAAGCCAGUCUAUCACCAUCGCAAAUUCCUUCCAAUACACCGACUGCUAUGCCAACAACACAACCUGUGGUUGGUCCGACUUUGAAGCCUACGCCAUUCCCAACGGAGGGGCCGUCAGUCUCCCUUUCGAUGCAACCCAGUAUAUCUCCUUCGAUCCAUCCAACAGCAAAUCCUUCUAAGACACCUUCUGGCCAACCUUCUUUGUCCCCUUCAGCUGUGGAGUCUCGGCCACCUUCAACUCAGCCUUCCGUUCAACCUUCUUUGUCACCAACAUCAACGUCAUGCUUCCAAACUAGAGGAGAACUCAUCAAUAUUGUUGGCGACUGGUUUGAACCAUCACUGAAGGCAUCAGUCGAGGCUAAGUACGGACUAAUAGGUAAUUGGUGUUUUGGUGCAGGUGUGACAAAUAUGGAGGAUCUGUUCAGGGAUCGCGAGACUUUCAAUGAAGACAUUUCGAAAUGGGAUGUUUCUGCUGUGACUUCCAUGAAUGCAAUAUUUUACCAGGCAAGCUCGUUCAAUGCUGAUGUUUCAUCAUGGGAUGUGUCUUCUGUCACGAACAUGGGCUCUCUGUUCAAUAGUGCAUCGGCUUUCAAUCAAGAUUUGUCAUCAUGGAAUGUUUCAUCCGUAACAACAAUGCAACAAAUGUUCCAAUUGGCGAGCGCUUUCAAUGGAGAUAUUUCAUCAUGGGAUGUCUCCUCCGUAACAACAAUGCAACAAAUGUUCCAAUUGGCGAGCGCUUUCAAUGGAGAUAUUUCAUCAUGGGAUGUUUCUGCCGUCAAUAUCAUGACUGCAAUGUUUUCCGAGGCACACUCUUUCAAUGCUGAUAUUUCAGCGUGGGAUGUGUCUUCUGUCACGGAGACUCGCUUGAUGUUCCAUGGUGCAUCGGCUUUCAAUCAAAACUUGUCAUGGGAUGUUUCUUCGGUAACAACAAUGAAACAAAUGUUCUAUCUGGCGAGCGCUUUCAAUGGAGAUAUUUCAUCAUGGGAUGUUUCAUCUGUAACAACAAUGCGACAAAUGUUCCAAAGGGCAAGCGCUUUCAAUGGAGAUAUUUCAACAUGGAAUGUUUCAUCGGUGACCACCAUGCUAUCAAUGUUUUACGAGGCACUUUAUUUCAAUGGGGAUAUUUCAUCAUGGGAUGUUUCUUCUGUCAUGGUAUUGGAGAGAAUGUUUCUUGGCGCAGAAUCCUUCAAUCAAGACAUAUCAUCAUGGGAUGUUUCUUCCGUAACAUCCAUGAACCGUCUACUCCUUGGGGCAUCAUCGUUCAAUUACAGUAUUUGUGCAUGGGGCUCACGCAUUCCCAGCACUGUCAAUGUUGACGCCGCAUUUCGCGAAACGAGCUGCCCAACAAUAUCCGGUCCCAGCUUUACUUCAAAUCCACCCGGUCCUUUUUGCCAUGUUUGUUGA